AUGCAUAAUAUAAACCCGAAUUGCGGAGCAUUUCUGAAAAAAUUUCAGCAAACUAAUUCAUCGCUUGCAAUAAUUGAAACGAAAGGCCCAUUUGUUGGUAAAUUAUCAGUGAAAAUGCUAAAAAAAGAAUGGAAUGUAUGUACCGGUGAUAUGAUCAUGCUAUUUGGUGUAGUUCUUUCUGAUAAUCUCGACUUGAAUAUUUCCUGGUAUAUUGGUACGAAAGCGAUCAUAAGUGGUGGACGAUAUCGAUAUUGGCGGAAAGGUUUCGAUUGUUGUUUGGAAAUAUUUGAUUGUGAUGUAUCGGAUUCAGGCGAUAUUGUAUGUAUUGUGGAAGCAACAAAUUGUAUCGCUUCCGAUAUCAGCGUAUUGCGUGUAAACGAUGAUGAUCUGGCUGGAAUUGAGCCGAAAUUUCUUCAACUUUUGAAAUAUGAUGAAAUUUAUGAUUGCGUGCAAUUAGCAUGCCGAGUAUCAGGCUUUCCAAUACCUUACGUUACCUUUUACUUUCGUAAUCGUCGCAUUAUCAACAGUCAGCGAAUAAGUAAGCUUUGA